UCACACAUGUCACACAUGUCACACGUGUCCCACGUGUCCCCAGGCACUCGUGCCAGGCCAUGCGCCAGCUGCACCCCGAGGCCGUGGCCGCCAUCCAGAGCAAGGUCCUGUUCAGCAAGGCCGAGGAGCAGCUGCUGACCCGCGUGCCCUCGAGCCCCGUGCCCUCGCUGGACACCUUCCAGGAGCUGCUGCAGCGCCACCCCGCUGUGUUUUACCCUGCCAGGACCCCCAAGGCCCUGCAGCUGCACUGGCAGCUGCUGCGCCAGUACCACCUGCUGCAGGACCAGACAGGUGGGGAGGGGUCCUGGGGGGCUCUGGGGGGUCCCAGGGGGAAUUUGGAGGGUCCUGGAGGGGAUUGUUUUGGCGGAUUUUGGGGUUUUUUUGGGGGGGAUUUGUGGGUUUUUUGGGGUCUCCGUGUCCCCUCUCACCCCCUGAUCCCCACCAGGGACGUGCGGGACGAGGUCCUGGAGCACGAGCUGACCGUGGCUGACCGGCGGCAGAAGCGCGAGAUCCGGCAGCUGGAGCAGGAGCUGCACCGCUGGCAGGUGCUGGUGGACUCCAUCACAGGGAUGAGCUCCCCGGAUUUCGACAGUCAGACUCUGGCCGUGCUGCGGGGUCGGAUGGUUCGGUACCUGAUGCGCUCCCGCGAGAUCACCCUGGGCAGAGCCACCAAGGACAACCAGAUCGACGUGGACCUGGCUCUGGAGGGCCCGGCCUGGAAGAUCUCCCGCAAGCAGGGGGUGAUCAAGCUGAAGAACAACGGGGAAUUCUUCAUCGCCAACGAGGGCCGGCGGCCGAUCUUCAUCGACGGCCGCCCGGUGCUGGGGGGCAGCAAAUGGAAACUCUGCAACAACUCCGUGGUCGAGGUGGGCUGGGGGCCUGGGGAGGGCCCGGGGGGCUCCCAGGGGUCCUGGGGGGGGAUUUGGGGGGACGCGCGCCUCGGCCACCAGUGA